CACCACCUCCAGACAAAGACAUGCAAGUUAACUGGUGGGUGUUUACUUCUUUUCUUUCUUUUUUUUUUUUAUUUAAAGAAUUCCACUUGUAAAUCUACAUUUCCCCUGUGAGAGAGGAGGGCACCCCCGGCCCUGCUGGUCCAGCCUGCAGCAUCACAUCCUGUCUGGCUGAACUGGGUGGUGUAAACCCGGAGUUCGAGGCGGGGAGAGGAGCAGUGCUGGGGGAGUGAGUGUGUUAUUUUGGGAGGGACGCUGGUGCCACUGGUUUCAAACUCAAAGUUCCUGAAGUUCGGAUUAUGUCUGCGCCGAGGACGGACUGAAGGGGAAGCCGGUGACGAGCCAUGCGCCACCACGGAAUUAUCCGCACGUUUCUGCCGUGAUGCUCCGGAGAAACUUUCACUGGACCAUGUUCUCGCUGCUUUGGGGAGAUUUUCUAUGUGUGAAGAAGUGUAUGUUUUUCCCGUUCCCAUCGGCCACCCAGUCUGAUUUUACCGCAUCCAAUAUUUAUACCCUAGCUGGGUUUAAAUGCAGGAGAAACUGUUAUUCGUUGUUUUGGACCGGAUAUAGUGUGGGUUGGGGCAGAUAUGCGUAAUGCGCAAAGCGAGCUCCAUCUCCUCUCCAAAUAGGCAGCGUUCAAGACCCGAAAAUGUCUAAGUCGGAGGUGAAGAAGGAGUCCGGGGAGUCCAGCCCGGCGGAGGCCGCCUGCCUCUGCUCUCCUGCAGCGGCCAAGAACCAGUGCGCCAGCUGCGGGAUGGAGAUCCACGACCGGUACCUGCUCAAGGUCAACAACCUGAACUGGCACUUGGGCUGUUUGGAGUGUUCCGUGUGCAGAGCGUCUCUGCGCCAACACAGCAGCUGCUACGUGAAAAACAAAGAGAUCUACUGCAAGCUGGAUUAUUUCAGGUUCGGGACCAAGUGCGCCCAGUGCGGCCGGCAGGUUUUUGCCAGCGACUGGGUGAGGAGGGCCCGGGGCAGCGUCUACCACCUCGCCUGCUUCGCCUGCUUCUCCUGCAAGAGGCAGCUGUCGACCGGGGAGGAGUUCGGCCUGGUGGAGGGCAGGGUGCUGUGCCGCAGCCACUACGACAUCAUGCUGGACAACCUGCGCAGGGCGGCGGAGAACGGCACCGGGCUGACUCUGGAGGGAGCGCUGCCCUCGGACCAGGACUGUCAACCCAAACCGGCCAAGAGGGCGCGGACGUCGUUCACCGCCGAGCAGCUGCAGGUGAUGCAGAACCAGUUCGCUCAGGACAACAACCCUGACGCUCAGACGCUGCAGAAACUGGCAGAAAUGACGGGACUGAGCAGACGAGUCAUUCAGGUUUGGUUUCAGAACUGCCGAGCCCGACACAAAAAGCAGCCUCCUCAGAGCAGCUUCUCCCAGAGCGCCCCCCUGUCCCGGAUGCCGCCGUCGCUUCCCGACGACAUCCACUACUCGCCCUUCAGCAGCCCCGACCGGCCUCACCUGCUGGCGCUGCACGGAUACCUGGACGCUCAUCCGUUCUCCGUCCUCACCGCCCCGGGACACUUGACGCAUCCGUCCAUCUCUCUACCACAGCUUCCCAUCAGCCGCUGACCGGCCACGUUCCCACGUUCCCACUUUUCCCGCCAUGAAAUUGUGAAAAUCGUCUCGUCCUUGGGAAUCUACUCUGCAGCGAGGAUCUCCAUCUCAAUGCUGAGGAGUUACUUUUUAUUUGAUUAAUGCAGAAAAGAAGACCACUUUUUUUUUUUUUUUACUUCCACGGGACAUAAAUCAUUUCAUCAUUGCAUCAGGUCAGGAGCUGUUUCCGUUCAAAAAGGCCUUUUUUUUUUUGUUAAAUUGCUGCAACAUGAGCAGAUGAGAGUGUUGUUAUUCCAGUAAAACCUCAGCGUUGUUUCGUUUGAUUUUUGUGUUGGUGACGAGCACAUUUGCAGCUUUUACUGUCGUUUGUCGUUGUCGUAUUUGUUGUCAGAAAAAUGGAAACUCUUAUUUAUUCAGAGCAAGACUUCACUUUUCAAAAAUAGCACUUUUAAAAUGUGUCUUGAAGCUUAUUGGGUGAUUGUACAUUGUAAAUACUGCUAUGGUUUAAUAAAACGUAUCGGACAUGGUCGA